AUGCCUUCUUCUACAAGUCAGACCAACAUAAAGGACGCAGUCACAGAACAUAUGGCAUUGGAAGAACAGAGACUCACCAGCCGUUACUCAACAGCACUCGACUUCAAAUCUUCGAGACUCAGGUAUCACGGUGGCAACUGCAGCGGUGGUAGACAGAAAUCGAUACGACGGGAGUCUGAUGUUCUUAGCUUUGAUGAGAUAGAUCCAAGUGUCUUUAGUCAGGCUUUGUGUCUCAGGCAUAUUAACGUGGCAAGAGCUGAUAUUGGUUUGCACAAGUUCCCCGGCACGAGCGCUGACAGACAAAUCGAGACUCAGAUCGUAGGUUGA